AUGGCGUCUGAAGAACGGUUUGUCUUUGUGGUGGAUUGGUUUGAUCAAGCAGCUUCUUUAAUUAGGAAAUACCAGCUUACUUAUUUCUGUGUCGACAACUCUAUUGAAAUGGUGAUUUUUAUGUAGUAUGACUUAAAAAACCGAAGAGUUUUCUUAAAAAGGUGCCAAUAUCCUAGCUUAGCGCUAAGUGAUUUGUAUUUGCAGGCUACUAUUACGAUUUUUUCAAGGCAGCUAAAAGUUGUGGACUAUGGCGAUGUAUUUUACUAUAAAAAAAACAAUUUUUUAAAAUUUUUAAUUUAAAAUUAAAAAAAAAUAAAAAAGCCAAUGUAUUUUCCCGAUCCAGAUUUGAAGCUGAAAGAGGGCGCACUUUUGCAAUGAUAAAACCAGAUGCUUAUAAUCACAUUGGAAAAAUCGUCGAUAGAAUUUUGGAAGCUGGCUUCAGGAUUUCUAAUAUCAGGAUGGUAAGAUUUUCAACUGAAAACGCCAGGCAGUUUUAUGCAGAGCAUGCAGGAAAACCAUUUUAUGACGGUUUAGUUGGAUUUAUGUCAAGUGAUGUUGUAGUUGGAAUGGAAUUGGUAGCAGUUGACGCUGUUCCAAAAUGGAGAAGUUUAAUGGGGCCAACUAACUCGAAUACAGCAAGAAAUGAUGCUCCUACCAGUAUUAGAGCGACUUUUGGUACAGAUGGACAAAGAAAUGCGACCCACGGAAGUGACUCUCCUGCUAGCGCAAACCGAGAAAUUAAUUUCUUUUUUAGCAUCCCAAGCAAUACAGCUGCUCUUAAUAAUUGCACCUGCUGCGUUAUUAAACCUCAUGCAAUCCAAAAUGCAGGAAAAAUCAUUGACAUGAUCUUAAGUGAAGGGUUCGAAAUUUCUGCAUUAAAAAUGAUCCACCUCGACAAACCCUCUGCUGAAGAAUUUUUAGACGUUUAUAAAAAUAUUUUGCCUGAAUUUGUCUCACUUGUAGACCAAUUAAUAUCAGGCCCUUGCAUUUGUCUAGAAAUUCGACAAGAAAAUGUCGUCCAAAGCUUCAGAGAUCUGUGUGGGCCACUUGAUCCUGAAAUAGCUAGGCAUUUAAGACCAAAUACAAUAAGAGCAAGAUAUGGGGUUGAUAGAGUACAAAAUGCAGUGCAUUGCACAGACUUGCCAGAAGACGGGGUACUAGAGUGUGAGUAUUUCUUUACCCUAUUUAAAAAUAAAAAAUAUUUUAUCUAAAAAAUAUCCUAAAAUAUUUAGGUUUAUCUGAUUUUUUUUAGGAGAAAUUAGAGUUUUAGCUGGUAACUAA